UAGCUUUUAUGUGUUUCCUUCAACCUAAUUUAUUUAUUUGUCUGUGUGUCAAAAACAAUUAUCCAUAUUUUAAACAAAUACUGAGGAAUACUCAAUGAAAUAGCUGAAAAUAAGAUGUCUGUAGUGUAAUUAUGUGUUUUUAAGUGUUUUUUUUUAUCCCGGUGGCAAUUAAGUUACCUCAUAAAAAAUGUCCCUCACAAUUCAACAAAUAAUCACCGAUGCGAAACGCCUCGCAGGUCGUUUGAAAGAACGCGAUACAAUUGCUGAUACUUUGUUAAAUGAGACGAACGCAAUAACGAAAAAAAUUGAUGCAAUGAAACAGUUUCAAGAAGAAGUUGAUGUGUUAAAUGAGGUAGCCAACCAAAAGCCACAUUCCCAAUUAAUUGCGAAUAUACAGAAAGAGAAUAGACACUUGAGGGAGAUUCAGCAGGAGAAUAGAGAGUUGAGGGCAGCUUUAGAGGAUUAUCAAACAACACUUGAACAUAUUAUGACCAAAUAUAGGGAGCACACAACUGAAGAAAUUUACAAGACUAGAAUAGACUUCAAGGCGUUGCAAGAUAAACAAUAUGAUGAGCUAAUUAAACAUCAGGCGGAUAAAAUACAUGAAAUGGCUGCUGUUAUGGAACAGGCUGCCCUCAUUGAUGAGACUAGAAUCGUGUGCAAUGAGGAAGUAAUCGCAAGGCUUAAGUCCGAGAAUAAGGGUUUAAGAGAGAUGUUAGGUAUUGCAUUUAAACACGGCAAUUUAAUUAAUAAAAUGGAAGACAAGACCAUCCAAACUGACACCUCAACUUAAAUUAUCCUAUCAAUUUUAUCCACGUUUUGUUUUACUUGUGUUUAUAUACUUUUGCACUGUUAAUAAAAUUAACAUUAAUCAA